AUGAGCGCAUCAAUUGACGAUCGCUGGCGGGCCGCCGUGGCCUUGCAAAAGAAACGCCUCAACAAACCAAAAUAUCGCCACAUCCUCAAGGAGAUCGAGCACCAUGGCUCGUUGCAGACUUGGAUGCUAUCAGCGAAAGCCGAAUACGGUCGCAGGUACCUGCCCCGUGUUGCGAUGAAGCUGGGGCCUGUUCUCAGUGAGUUCGGCCAUUUUAUCAGGGCCAUCACCACCAUGGUGCAAGGUGGCGGGGCCAUCGCGGGGCUUGUUUGGGGCUCUAUUCAGGUCCUUCUAGCGCGUCACGAAGCCAACAUCGCCCGACAGUGCGAACAAUUCCACCUGGAACGCGGUGUCGCCGUCGACGUCGAACUGGUCCGCAGCGUGCGAGUUCUUCUAAACCCGGGAGCCGGAGUGGGGGGACCCGCACCCCACCGCCGGACCGGCAGGGGCCGGACCGGGACAGCCGCCGCCGCCGCGUUGCAGCGUGCCCUCCAUGAAUACAUGACCGGCGCACCCCACGACACGUCCGUCAAGCAACGAUCGUGCGUCGUCCACGCGAGGGCCGGCAUGGGCAAAACCCAGCUCGCGAUCGAGUACACGUAUCGCUAUCGCCAACACUUUGACUACAUCGCCUGGGUCUGCGCCGAUUCAGAGCCGGAGCUCGCCAACGGAAUGGCGCAGUUCGCCCGGCUCCUGGGCAUCCCUGUGGCCCGGGGCGCCCCGACCAGAGCGGCCGUGGAGGCUGCGAAGAAUGUGCUAGAGACGACGACCAAGCAGUGGCUCCUCAUCUUCGACAACGUCCACCGGAGGGAGGACCUGAAUGCGUACUGGCCGGCCUGUGCCAGCGGCUCUGUGUUGAUCACCUCUCAAGCAGCCAACAUUGGGCGAACCACCGUAUCGGCUAUCGCCCUCGCCCCCUUGUCCCCGGCAGAGGGCGCUAUGCUGCUCGUCGACCAGAUUGAGCUGGGCGAUCAGCACUACAGCCAAGAGUUCCCAAAGGCCAACAUGAUAGCCGCGACCUUUCAUGGGCACCCGUUAUCAAUCGUGCACAUCGCAGGCUUCAUCCAACUCUCCAACAUUAGUCUCGGAGACUUUGCGCACCUCCUCAAGGAGCAGAAGCAUGUCAAUCAGAUACUGAACCAGGAUAACGCGGUAUACCCGUACGAUAAGCCCCUACGCGUGGCCCACGAGUUCACCCUCCUGAAACUGGAUACGCCGUCAUCAAAGCUGGCUCAAGUUCUCUCCAUGUUAAGUCCAGAGGAUUGUCGCCGCCAGCAGCAGCAGGCUGCCGGCGGCGAUCUAUUCAUGCACAGAUCUCUGCAGUCUCGACUGCAGACACAGCUCCCGAACCAAGAAGAGGGCAGGCUUCAGCAAGUAUUCGAUGUCGCUGUGACGCUGACACGUCGCCUGUUUCCGCGCCAAUCGCCCGUUCAGUUCCCCCAAAACGAUAUUUGGGAGAAAUGCGAAAGGUACUCGCCGCAGGUGAUGAGCAUAAUGAGCAUGCACCAGUCCGCUGCACAAGCCCCGCAGUGCUCAAUCGAAUACGCCACGCUACUCUCGGAUCUUUCCAAUUACCUCUACGAGCGUAAUAUUUUUGAAGCCGCGCUCCGAGCCUCGGACGCCGCAGAAACGGCCUGCGAAGUCUUUACCUCUUCCCACGAGUCCAUCCGGGCCGAUAUCCACACUCUUUCCGGGGCAGUGCGCGAUACCUACGGCAUCCCUCACCGGCAAAAGACAUUGUACCACUACGCUAUGGCGGUCGCUUUGCGGCAAGACCAUUUGAACAAAUCCGCGGCAGCGGAUAUCACCCAAGAUGACUUGUGGAACUACGCCAACGCCUGGGGAAACAUGACGGUGAUCUUACUAGAUUACGAAUGCUACGAGGAUGUUAUUCUCUACGCAGAUCUCGCCAUCAUGAUCAAGACAAAGCUCCUAGGCUCGACUUCACAAGCAGCCAUCGCGUGCUACGAACAGGUCCGCAACAAACACAUCGCCUACGCUGCCCUGGGCCGCCUGGCGGAAGCCCAAGAAUGGCAAGUAGAUGCUGAGGAUAUCACGCGCGAUCCCACGUACACCGUCAUCAUGAUUCGCUAUCACUUCUUCCAUGCCAAUAUCCUCAUGACGUGUGGGUGGCUGGAGCAAGCGCACGCUACUCUCUCAAUGGUCCUGGAGAUGCGAACAAGGCUUUUCGGGCCCUCGGGUAGAAGCACGCUCGACACGUAUUACCUUUUAGCGAUCCUGGAGCUGAAGAGGGACAAUAUCCACAUGGCAGAAACAGACGAUUGGACCGAGGAAGCGAUUGCGCGGGCCAAGUACUGGCUUGCAAAAGUCCUUUUCCUUAAAGGGGAACAUGUCGAGGCCCGAGGGCUAUUGGAGGAGGCAGAAUGGGUGCGAGCCGUGUCCUGGGCAACCUACGCCACAUACUGGCCUGUAGAUGUGCCGGUUCCUGACCAGGACGCCAUGUAUGAUCACAUCGUUCCCACUGAAGCAGGGCGGUCGAUCUUCACCCACCGCCUGCCACCCUCGAGGAUGAGCAACGACCUCAACGAGACGGAACCUCCAAGUGAUAGUCCUGCAGCAGCCCGGUAUCUCUGA